CUUACCAAAGAGGCUCUAAAUACUUUCACCUCCUUAACACUGGGCUUUGACUAGCAGCGACUCCGGGUGCGUAGGGUUUUUCAUCAAAAUACGAACCCUGUCGUUUCAAAGAGUUCCACACUUCCACAACCCUAGAACAGUGCAGAGCUCAAUACCCAUCGUCGGCGACGCUUCAGAAACGCACCUCGCAAUCAAUGGGGAAAGCGGAUAAAUCACACAAGCCGGCCGGCGGUGAUGACGAAAUGGAUCCGACGCAAUACCAUGAGAACAGAUUGAAAGCACUCAAUGAUCAGAAGGAAGCCGGCCAAAAUCCGCACCCUCACAAAUUCCAGGUGUCAUUGUGUAUCCCGGAGUUCAUCGAGAAAUACAAGGGAUUAAGUAGCGGGGAGCGUCUCGAAGAGCAAGUCUCGUUGGCUGGCCGGAUUAUGAUGAAGCGUGCAUCUUCUUCUAAGCUUCUGUUCUAUGAUUUACAUGGCAAGGGUGCCAAAGUUCAAGUAAUGGCUAGUGCUAGGGAAUCUGACUUGGAUGAGGAUGAGUUUAUUAAACUUCACUCUUCUGUGAAACGUGGAGAUAUUGUUGGUGUUGUUGGAUCCCCAGGAAAGUCAAAAAGGGAAGAGCUCAGUAUCUUUCCAAAAUCUUUUAUAGUCUUAUCUCCAUGUCUCCACAUGAUGCCACGACAAAAGGGUCCUCAGACUGAAUCAGCCAAGAAAACUGAUGUAUGGGUCCCUGGAAGUUCCAGAAACCCAGAUACAUAUAUAUUGAGAGAUCAGGAAACACGGUAUAGACAACGCUAUUUGGAUUUGAUGCUGAACUCAGAGGUCCGGCAAAUCUUCAAGACAAGAACAAAUAUCAUAAAUUUUGUAAGAAGCUUCCUCAACAAUCUUGACUUCCAGGAGGUUGAAACACCGAUGAUGAACAUGAUUGCUGGAGGAGCAGCUGCGCGUCCUUUUGUAACUCACCAUAAUGACUUGAAAUUGGAUCUCUACAUGCGCAUUGCACCUGAGCUUUAUCUUAAACAACUAGUUGUCGGUGGACUAGAUCGUGUCUACGAAAUCGGGAAGCAGUUUAGGAACGAGGGAAUUGAUUUGACACACAAUCCGGAAUUCACUACAUGUGAGUUCUAUAUGGCUUAUGCAGAUUACAAUGACUUGAUGAGUCUUACGGAGCAAAUGCUAAGUGGUAUGGUGAAGGAGCUCACAGGUGGCUAUAAAAUUAAGUAUCACGCGAACGGUGUGGAGAAUGACCCAAUUGAGAUUGAUUUCACGCCUCCUUUUAGAAGGAUUGACAUGAUAGAGGAUUUGGAGAAAGUAGCAAAUCUCAGUAUACCCAAGGAUCUUGCCAGUGAGGAAGCUAACAAGUAUCUGGCAGAUGCAUGUGCCAAGUUUGAGAUAAAAUGUGCACCUCCUCAUACCACGUCUAGGUUGCUUGACAAACUUGUUGGGCACUUCCUUGAAGAACUGUGUGUUAAUCCAACUUUCAUCAUCAAUCACCCAGAGAUAAUGAGUCCACUUGCAAAAUGGCAUAGAUCUAGGCCCGGGUUGACUGAACGAUUUGAGUUGUUUAUCAACAAACACGAACUUUGCAAUGCAUACACUGAGUUGAAUGAUCCUGUUGUUCAACGACAACGGUUUGUUGAUCAGCUCAAGGAUCGUCAAUCUGGUGACGAUGAAGCCAUGGCUUAUGAUGAAACUUUCUGUACAGCUCUUGAAUAUGGAUUACCUCCUACCGCUGGAUGGGGAUUGGGAAUUGAUCGACUUGCAAUGCUGUUGACUGAUUCCCAAAACAUCAAGGAAGUCAUACUCUUUCCUGCUAUGAAGCCACAAGAAGAAGCUACCAGCAAAGAAAGCCAAAACAAAUUGGACGAACCUACCAAGGCCAAUGAUGCACAAACCAAGCCACAGGACUCUGGCGUCACCCCAGGGGCGCCUUAAUACCCGUUUUCAAGCUGAACAUCAACCAUGGCUUCACUGAAGCUAAUCAACUAUUACCUGCACAAGGGUCUUGAUAUAUCUAAACGUAUGGGUCACUUUAUAGAUAUAUGCAUUGUAUUCUUUAAUCUUCUUCUUUUUUCUUUCUACUAGGAAAUGUUUCUAUGCUCAUAGAUUGUCUCUUGAUUCUUCAUUUAAGGAAUCAGAAACUCCUCAAAAGUUUUUGUUCCAAGAGAAAGAUACUCUGUUUUUGUCAUUGCUUUUGCUCUAUGAAAUACAAACAUCAAUUUUUGAGUGUUUCUGUUUGGAUGAUCUAUAAUUCUGAACAGAUGUACACAAUAUUUCACUCUACUAUUCAUAUUUAUAUCUACGGGAACAUUAGUUUG